AUGGACUGCUCCUCCCUGCCUCAGCCAGAGAAGCAGGCUGAAUGUGAUAAGCUUCUUUGUGAGGAAACAUCUGCUGAAACUGUCCGUAAAAUAUGUCAGAAUUUAGAAACUGUCACUGAUAAAAAGAAAGUUUUUGAAAUCUGUGGUGAAAGUUACAACCGAAAGAAUUUGUUGGUCCACAUGAGAACUCACACAGGUGAGAAGCCAUUUUCUUGUGAAACAUGUGGAAAGUGUUUCAGGCAACAGAGUCAUAAGUUGAUCCACAUGAGAAGUCACACUGGUGAGAAGCGGUAUUCUUGUGAAACAUGUGGAAAGAAUUUCAGUUAUCCCUCUGAUUUGAAAGCACACAUGAGAUCUCACACGGGUGAAAAGCCAUAUUCUUGUGAAACAUGUGGGAAAAGCUUCAGUAGGCAGAGUCAUUUGUUGGAGCACAAGAAAACUCACACAGGUGAAAAGCCAUAUUCUUGUGAAACAUGUGGGAAAUGUUUCUGUAACACCUCUGGUUUGAGAAAUCACAUGAGAACUCACACAGGUGAGAAGCCAUAUUCUUGUGAAACGUGUGGAAAAAGUUUCCGUGACCAGUCUGGUUUAAGAAUACACAUGACAACUCACACAGGUGCGAAGCCAUAUUCUUGUGAAAAAUGUGGAAAAUGUUUACGAAUCUUGUUUAAGAAUACACAAGAAAGCUCACACAGGUGA